CACACACAAUGUCUAAUAGUUGACUCUGACCUCCUCUUACACAGACAUCAUAUCUACUUCUCCCUAAUCUAUUGAAGCAACUUGCAAUACAUUCUUGAAGCUAUCUUGCAACAGAUUUAUCUCAUUAAAUGACUUGAACAUGUUUUUGCUAAUAUUUGUGACAUUUGGACUUGUCCUUAAUCUCCCUCAGAGCUUGGAAAAUCAAGAUACAGUCUUAAGAGACAUCACUAUUGACCAUAAUGUGACAGGAGUCUUAGGAGAGGAAGUAUACCUGCAUUGUUUGUACUCUGGCAAACACCACAUCAGUGAUUCCUCCUGGAAACGUCUGGAUUCAGGAAAUAGAGCAAAAAUGAUGGCAGGAUACAAAAAUGGCAAGCCAUUUGCCAAAGACAACUUCUCCAUUCCAGCAUCCCACACCAAUCUUACUGUGAAAGUGAGCAUAAACAGCUUAGAGAUAGAGGGACAGUACAUAUGCGUGUUCAGCACAGAUGAAGAGGAAAUGAUGUAUAACCUGUUCCUUAGUGUCAUUGCUCAGCCCCAUGUGAAAAUCCAUGCAGAGGAAGAAGUUUUGAAUGGAACUCAUUACCAAAGCAUCUUCUGUUCAGCUUCCUAUGCCAAGCCCAGUGCAAGUCUCCAUUGGGACAUCCGUGGGGGUCCACCCAGUGAGGGCAUUUUCUCCAUCCACAACAAACACUCCACACUGCCAAAUGGCACAGCCAGUAUUGUCAGCAUGCUACGUUUCCCCAUCCACUUGAAUAAUGAGAGUAGUGUUGCCUGUGUGAUUCAGCACCCAGCUUUGACUGAACCAAGCACAACUUUUAUAGAGCUACAGACAUUUGUUCCUCCAAACGUAACCUUGGAAGUGUCCAUGAUUGAAAAAGAAGGAAAAGCCUACCUUGAAGUUCUCUGCAGAGCAAAAAGAGGGAGGCCUCCUCCAUCAAUCAUUUGGAUCCAACCUGAAUCUGCAGACACAUCAUGCUCUGCUCAUUUGAAUGAAUCUAGUUCAAGUUCUCAAACAGUUUCUAGUUCUCACUGCUUCCCAUUAGAUGAUUAUGAGGGUGAAAAUAUCACCUGCAUUUUUGGUUACCCACAUGUUUUUGCCAUAAAGAAAACUGUUACGCUGCCAACAUACUAUCUUACCUCUCUUCAGCUGACAAACAGCAGUAUUCAGGUGAACCAUUUAAACACCUCUGAUUUGUUGAUCUUAGAAGAAGAGGACAGUGACAUCAGAAUCAGCAUGGAAGUGUUGGGAAAUGUCCCAAGUUAUCAAAUUAAUUGUACAAAAGAUGGUGAACCUCUGUCAGAGGAUGUGAAAGUGGUUGUCAGUGGUCUCAUGAUAAAAGGUCCUAUUGGGGCAAAUCAUGCGGGUCAAUACCAGUGCCAAGUCUUCUACUACAGACAUACAGCAUCUUUACAGUUUGAAAUAGAAGUGAAGCCCAGAGUCCGAAUACCAGCUCCUAUCUACGUGACACUGCUCUCCAACACAUCUUGGGAGAAUGGGAUUGAGUAUACAGAGGUGAAAUGCAGGGCAGAUAAUGUGUCUCCUGAUGCCAAUAUUACUUUGGAUACAGAUGACUGCAGAAGUGAAAUCAAUGCCACUGAGCCUGGAAAUGUUGCGUCUGGAAGUCAGCAGGACCACAGUGUGGUUUGGAAAAUGGCACGGCUCCCAGUUUAUUCUUAUGCAGGAUGCACAGUAACUUGUGUGGUGCACCACCAGGGGUUAGAGAAACCGGUACAAAAGAGCAUUCAUAUCCCUUUAAUAGGACCACCCAGACCUUACGUGGGCGUUGGUUUGCAGAAAGAUUCCACACACUGGGCUGCUGUGUGCAAAUACAAACGUGAUGGGUCCAUAACCAACAUCUCCUGGGUCAUUUCUGAUACCAAUAAAACUGCCUUAUGUUUGACCAGAAAUACCACAAGAGAUGGCAGUAAGGAGCUAGUCAAAUGCAUUUAUAAAUUUCAACUCUGCCAGCAUGAGGGAAAGAGCUUGACAUGUGUGAGCCAAAACAAGUACGGGGAAGUUGAAAGGAGUACCAUACAUGUCCCAAAUUACUUUGUCUCAUCUAUCGUGGUUUUGAACAAAACUAUUCCAUUGCAUGGGAGCCAUGGGCAGCAUACUGGCUUGCACAGAGUGGCAUUGAAGGAACACGUUUCCAAUCAAAGGAUAAUUUUUAGAGUUAAUGGAAAUGCAUCAGCAUAUAAUAUCAAAUGUUUCAGAUCCAAUGGACUUUCUGCACACACUGUUGGUAUGGCCCUGGUUUUUGCUGAGCAAGUGUCAGAGAGUGAUGCUGGUUUGUACACAUGCAUUGCUUCCUGGUGCCAUCACAAUGCCACGGUCACUGUUCUGGUGGAUGUAACCAGCCAGGAAAUCCACAGCAUGAUGAUUAUCCUGAUCUGUUUCUCCUCUGCUGUUGCAAUCACCCUCAUAUUGAUGGUCAUACUUUGCAUAUUCUGCAAAAGAAAUGAAGGAACUCAUCCAUCAUCCCAGGACUGGAAGAAGCAAGGGGCUCUGGCUGCCCUGAUGCAGGAUCCACGAUCACCAGAACUCAAGACGGUCAGAGGGCAGGAGUACGCAGAGCUAGUGCACUACUCCAUAGUGAUUGAUGUGAAGAGUACAGUGUGAGGGGAGUUUUGUGUAUUCAGAGAUCUGAAAUAUGAAUAGAUUUUAAAUAGCAGUAUGCUACUUUUGAGUAAUGAUAUAUGUAUACAAACAUAAAGCUAAGCUUUGAAAAUUAUUCAUCAUUACUAUUAUGUCACGUAGAACUUCAUUUGUAUUUUAUUGUCAUCUUAUGUUUUAUAAUGACCAUUUUUUAUCAACUGUGUGAUAUGAAUUGGAUCAUUAAAAGGCUAUAGUGCUUUCAUCACAGUAACUCCUCCACCAAUAAUCACACAUGUAUGCACUCAUUCAAACAAAUCAGUCCUAGUGAAAACAAAAAGUUCCUAAUCAAUUAUUAAGCUGAACUUUAAGCAUAUUUACUGUUCUUCUUAUUCUUUAUUCUUGUGCAGCAUAUUUAAAUCAUCUCCUCUACAGUAUUCAAGUUAAAAAAAAUCACCACAUUUUGCAUCUAACUUCCAUUUAUACUCAGUUAAAUUUGUUUCCAAGCAACCCAGAAAGCUCACCAGGUUUUACCAAGUAAAUCUCACCAGCAUUCUGUGUGAUACGAUAUCCAACUCACCACGAAGCAGUGAUCAGUUCUGCCCCUCUUUUUCUACAAGUAGUCUCCAGUCAAUCACCAAAUCGACGAUUGACCAUUGGCCCAAAAUAUUAAAGUACCAAUUACACUUAUGAGCAACCUUGUGUUCAGACAAAUAAAGAUCAGAUUUGUUUGUUACUGACAA